UUGGAAGUAUGAGUGUGUGAAAGUGUUUUGGGGUGUAAAAAUGUGUGUAGAGGUGCUUCUGUGUGAAAGCUGUGACAUUCAAUAUUCAUAAGAAGGUGGCGUUGAUGCUGUAAAGGUGAAUACAGUCAGUAUAUUGAUUAAGAUUUCAUUAUAUAGUUCUCGGCUGAUAUAUUCAUAUUCAGCUGAAGCAUGUUAACCCAGUUCCUGUGAGAAGACUGGUUUGAUGACCAAACAACUAUUGUUUUUACCCAACUGAGAAAAAAAAGGAACUUUUGGUUUUGAGCUAUUAGUUCAAGUAAAUGAUCCUAUGUGCAUAUGCACUUCAGUUCUGAGAAAGCAGCCUCCAAAAAAAGUCGAUUGCAACAGACCAAGAUAAGCAGUCUUUAAUCCAAGGACUAAUGAAUGGGAAGUUUACUAGCCUGCUUUUGAUGACAGAAAUACAGAUAUCUUGGAAGUAACCAGAAGAAUCACCUGCUGUAAAAAAAGCUGAUCGUGCAUCUCAGCUACUGUACAAUGUUCUCCACAUGGAUUCUGCAUAUGGUUUCAUUCACUCUGCUGAUCAGACGGGGCAUUGGCAACCAGUGUCCUCAUUAUGAAGUCACGCCUGGGAAAGAAUCUCCAUUGAUGGAUUCCUUGCAGUGCUACAAUGACUACAAGACAUAUGUACAAUGCAAAUGGGAGGUCGAUCCGCAGGUUACAGCAAACAAAUCUAUCUUUGAACUUCACUACUGGGACAAUAUAUACAAUGAAAUACUUUGCGACCGGCUCAGACCCGGUGUGCUUUUACCCAAUGGGAAGAUCUUUCACGAGUGUCGCUUUAAAACUAGAAGGUUUACUGUUCACGCAAAUCACAUUCUAUAUUUCAAAGUACCCUGUAAUGACUCCAGAGCCACAAUCCUCAAAGUUGCUGAGCAUGGAAAGGUUAAGGCCCCGAUUGACUUGAAGGAGAUGGUGGCUGAUAGCGGAGGUCAUCUGCUUUCCUGGAAAAGCCCAUAUCCUGCAUCCUCAAAUAUCACAAGAACUCUUACAUACCAGCUUCAGUAUAGUGGUAUUCAAGACUGGACUAUUGUGGAUAACAUUAAUGCGUCUGAGUAUAUGAUUAACAAGGAGUCACUGUUGCCCGGCAACCAUUAUCAAGCCAGAGUGAGGGCGCGGGGUCCUGUAGGACUCUGGAGUGACUGGAGCCCCCUGGUGUCCUGGAAAACUCACGAUGAUGGAGUCUUUAACCUGCAGUGUGUGAUUGUGGGAGAAAAAACUGUGACGUGUACCUGGCAAAUGAAGACAGACCAUUUUGAGUUGAUGUCUUAUCAUCUCUGGUGCAGGGACAGUGAUAAAAAUGAACCCUCUCUUUGUUGUAAAGAUCCUCAGCUGCAGUCCCAGGACGUUGAGCUAUCUGAGUUUCUGUGUUCUGUGAAUGUCUCUGACCCUUACCUGUUAACGGUGGAGCUCAGACCAGUGCUAUACAGUAGGACGUUCAGACCUAGUGAACACAUUAAACUUUCACAACCUGACCAGAUUCAAGUGAUGGAAGAAGAUGGCACCUACAAAUUUAACUGGUCUGAAGCAGUUAUUCCAUCAAAGGUGGAAAUGCAGUACUCCACCCAGCUAAAAAUCUCGAACAACAUCUCGGACCCAAUUAUCAUUACACUUCAAGUGGGGGUCAACAAUUUGAAGUUUCCUUCUGGGAAUCUAAGUUCUUCAACUAUUUACCAGGCCCAGAUCAGAUUACUGCCUGUAAGUGUAGAAGACAAUGCGUUUAAAAUUCAGCCAUCAGAUUGGUCGCAGCCAGCAGAGUUCACCACUAAGCCAGUUUUAUUGCCCACCAGCUUUCUCAUCUACAUUUUGGUUCCUGUGUUUGUGGUGGUGCUUUUCAUCAUCUUGUACAAUGCCCUUCCUGCCUGUCACAGAAGGAUCAAGUUAUGGAAUGGUUCGGUUCCAUCGCCCAUAAAGAGCAAAGUGUUGGAGGGGAUGAUCAAGAAGUCUCCCAGCGGAUGGCCACAUAUCAUUGAGAAAGAGACGACCUCUAUUUGUGUUCUGCUUGCUACAGACAAUCUCAGUAUCUGCAAAAGCAGUGACACCUGGGAGCCGCUUUUGUUACCUACUGAAGAUGUGAGUUUAAAUAUUGGUAAAAUGGGACAGUCAUGUGGAUCAAACCCCUUGUGCACCUACAUGGGAAAAAAUUUGUGCAAAGACAAAUCAGGCAUGAACUUCAGUGGGCCUUAUAUUCUGUGCUGUGAUGAUUCCUGCACUCAGGACAAAGUAUUGGACGGGUCUACAGACAGAGAUCAGACAUCUGUGUUAGGAAAGUCUGAGAGUUUUGCUCCAAUAAAUGGAGGCUACGUUGUAACUCCUCCCACCGCCAUGCCUGCCCUUCAAAACUCCGCCCCCAUUGAAAGUCCGAACAAUAACCCAUCAGAUGAACCUCCAGCGUACACCCCCAGCCCAGAUCAGGGCUGUGCGGUCCUCCCUCAUCCAUCCGGAUACUUCACAAUGCCAUGUGUUGCCAUACAGUCAGAGCCGAGUGGAUCGUGCGGAACAUAAUUAUCAAGAACUCCGUGUUAGUUUGGUGCAUUUCUCCUAAUAAAUGUAAGUACUCAAAGAUGGACCCAGAGAUGCAAGCGAGGGUCAUGGCUAAAAUGUGUGUGAUAUUGAGCACAAUAAAAGCAGAUCAAAUCUUUGCUUUAUUUAAAAUGUCACUUUAAAGGGUA